AUGGUCACAACACACAUUGCAGGCUUGAGACGAAACUCCAAUGUCAACGAAAAUGACGAAUUGAGAAUAAGGGAAGUCAUUGAAAACGAAAUCUCAAAUGGAUCUGGUGCGUCUUUGGGCUACAGAUCAAUAUGGCAUGUUCUUCGUUUACAAUACCACAUUCACGUGCCUCGUCAAGUGGUUGCACAGGUUCUUCAGGAAAUCGAUCCCGAAGGUGUUCAGCAAAGACGUCGAAGAAGGCUAUCAAGACGCAGGUAUACAAGUUUUGGUCCAAACUUUUGCUGGCAUGUCGAUGGAUAUGACAAAUUAAAGCCGUACGGGUUUCCUAUCCACGGAGCAAUAGACGGAUACAGCCGCAAAAUUUUAUGGCUAGAAGUUGUGCGAUCAAACAAUAAACCCGAAGUUCCAGCCAGAUUUUAUUUGGACUGUGUAAAAAACAUCGAAGGCUGCCCCCUUGUUGUUAGAAGUGAUUGUGGUACGGAAAAUGGAGUACUUGCGGCCAUGCAGUGUUAUUUUCGAAAGGAUGGAAAUGACUUAUUCGCUGGCCACAACGCCCAUAAAUAUGGAACUUCGUCUGCUAACCAGCGAAUAGAGGGCUGGUGGUCUUACUUUCGCCGAGCCAGAACAGGAUGGUGGAUGGACUUUUUCAAAGACAUGGUUUCUUCUGGUCAGUUAGAAAUAGGGAAUACACUGCAAAUGGAGUGUCUAUGGUUUUGUUUUUCUCCUGUCCUAUCAUGUGAGCUAGAAGCUGUCAAAAUGCAAUGGAACACACAUCGCAUUCGUCCAACAAGAAAUUACGGUACAGUAGCAGGUAUUCCAGAUGUUCUGUAUUAUCUCCCAGGGAAUUUUGGUGCUGCCGAAUGUAAGCGUGCAGUAGCAAAUGAACGAAUUCAUGAAAUGGAGCAACACGCAAUAGGCGACGAGGAGUUUGAUACAUUAGAAAUAUACAAAGAAUAUUUUAAUUACGUACUGGAUAAAGAAGAUCUUAAUCUGCCAGCAAAUGCAGCCGAUGCAUUUGAAUUGUAUCUGAAACUUAUUGAAUUUGCAAGUUCUGAGAACUGAAUUUUCUGCCUAUUAUAUUGCAUGGUAUAGAUGUUUCUUGUAUU